ACUCUCAUAAUCCUCUCCCUACGCUUCCAACGCAGCUUUAUCAAGCAACUGCUCAACAAUCUACUCCCACUUUCCAACAACCACAACCAUCUCUGUCCACCAUGCCUAACCAAAUGACCAAAGGAGAUGCGUCUCGCAUCCAGUCCUCCCAGGCCCAGUAUGGAUACAACACAGGCACUGGUUCCUUUUCGGCGAGAGCCCAGUCCGCUGGAGACCGCAACGCGAACACUUCGUCCAACUCCCAGUCCAACAAUGGUCAGCAGUCGAACACCGGCAAGUAAACGUCGGCUUGCGAUACAGCUUACAGUUACGACUUGAUGCGAUACGGUCUUGACUGUCUGGAACAUGGAUAUGGUGAUUUGGGAUACGCCAUGCUUUUCGGUUUCUUGUCAGUUCAAAAAAUAUCUUAGCUUGUCAGUUACUUGGGUGGUGCCCUUUAAUUUCUACUCCAAAUGCUUCACUGAACUAGUUUGGUCUAGAAUAAACAAUUACCUGAUACG